AUGCAUCCCUACUCCCAAACACCGCCAUCGCAAGUCACCAAUAAGCCGGCUUCCUACCACCACCAAAACAAGUUUUCCAAGAGAGAGAGAGAGAGAGAGAGAGAGAGAGAGAGAGAGAGAGAGAGAGAGAGAGAGAGAGAGAGAGAGAGAGAGAGAAGGAGAGAGAGAGAGAGAGAGAGAAGGAGAGAGACACGAGGGCGCCAGCAUUCCAACAUGGCGGGCAAGGGAGCCAAGCUGCCAAGCUUCAUUGCGAGCCACCUGGCGGGCGCCAGUGUGCCGCCGGGUGCUUCGCGCGAGUUUGUCAACCUGAUCAAGGCCAUUGGCGAAGCCGGCACCAACCAUGAGGAAGGCCGCAUCAUCCAGCGCGAGGUGAAAAACCUCGAGACCAAGCUCCGCGAACCCAACAUCUCCAAGCGGCAAAUGCGCGAGUACUUAAUCCGCCUGAUGUACUGUGAGAUGCUGGGCCAUGAAGUGUCUUUCGGCUACAUUCACGCCGUCAAGUUUACCCAGCAUACCUCCCUCUUGGACAAGCGCGCCGGCUACCUGGCCGUCUCUACCCUCCUUCACAAAGACCACGAGCUCAUCCUCUUGUUGGUCAACGCCAUUCAACGAGACCUGCAGUCGAGCAACGUUGUGGAAGUCUGCACCGCGCUCACGGCCGUGUGCCGACUGAUUGGCGAGGAAAUGAUUCCGGCCGUGCUCUCGCAUGUUGAAGCCAAGCUUGGCCAUCCUCGUGAAAUUGUGCGCAAAAAAGCCGUUCUGUGCCUGCACCGCUUCUACCAGCAAUCACCACACUCGAUCGACCACCUUCGUGAUCGCUUGCGCCGAGCCCUCUGCGACCAGGAUCCGGGUGUCAUGGCAGCGUCGUUGAACCUGUUUUACGACAUGUCCAUUGUUGAUCCGGGCCAGUUCAAGGACUUGACCCCGUCCUUUGUCAGCAUUCUGAAACAAAUCAUCGACCAUCGCCUGCCCCGCGAGUUUGAUUACCACAAGGUUCCUGCGCCAUGGAUCCAAAUCAAGCUGCUCAAGAUCCUCGCCCUCCUUGGCGCCGACGACCAAAGCGUGAGCGAAUCAAUCUAUGAGGUGCUUCGAGACACCAUGCGCCGUGCCGACAUCCAGUCCACGGUUGCCUACGCCAUCAUGUACGAGUGCGUCUUGACUUGUGCCAAGAUCUACCCUAGCACGCAGCUCAUUGAAAUGGCUGCCGGCAACGUGGGCCGUUUCCUCCGCUCUGGUAACAAUAAUCUCAAGUACCUUGGCAUCACUGCGUUGGCAGCCAUCGUUUCCGUCAACCCCGUGCACGCAGCUGACUACAAAACCCUGGUGAUUGACUGCCUGGACGAUCCUGAUGAGACUCUGAAGAGGAAGACGCUUGACCUUCUUUGCAAGAUGACCAACCCAGCCAAUGUCAAAGUGAUCGUGGAGAAGCUGGUCGGGUAUCUCAAGUCAACCGUUGACAUGUAUUUGCGCAAGGACCUGACGCCUCGCAUCCUCCAGUUGGCGGAUCGUUUUGCCCCUGAUCAUUUGUGGUAUUUGGAAACCAUGAACUCACUUUUCCGCACAGCCGGCGAUCUCGUCUCGGCCAAAACCGCCAACAAUCUCAUGCAGCUUAUUGCAGAAGGUGAUGAUGAUGAUGAGGCCGACGAAGAGUUACGCUCCUAUGCGGCCAGUUGCUACAUUGACCUGCUCGAGGUGCCAAACCUACCGGAUGUCCUCAUCCAGACCAUGGCGUGGGUGAUUGGCGAGUACUCCUACUUGGCCACGGACUACGACCAGGAAGUGGUUCUCGAGCUGAUGGGCGAGCUUUUGGAUCGCACCUACGCCUCUGACUCGGAGACCAAGGGUUGGAUUGUAUCCGGCAUUGCCAAGCUCAUUGCUCAAACAGGCCUCUUCCCGGCCGUCAUUCGCAAUCGCCUCAAUGCCUUGGCCGCCGCCAGCACGUCCUCGGUUGAUUUGCAGACGCGCUGCGUUCAAGCCCUGGCCCUCGUUCAGAAUGGCGCCCUCAUGCAAAGCAUCUACCCUACAGAUGCCAGUUGCGAAGAUCUGGAGGUCGAUCCUGAGCUAAACUUUCUCAACGGUUUGGUUCAAAUGGCAUUGUCCCAAGGUGCUGCGCCGUACAAACCACCCGAGGCCCGGCCAGCGCCUGCACCCGUUCCUGAGCCAGAGACGUCGCGGCUGCAAUCUGCGUUCCGUUUUGAGGCCUACGAAACCCCGAGUGAGCCGCCACCACCCUCGCUCACAAACCAAGACGAGGGCCUCUUUGCAGGCAUUGGAGCAACCUCGGGCAUGGGUGGCGGCAGCUCCACCCACCUGGCUUCAGGUGCCGGCUCCGCUCAGCCCUCGGGCGCCAACUCCCCUGCGACCGCCCGCCGCCUCGAUGGCAAGAAGCUCAAUCCUGCCAAGCCGGCCAAUGAGCUUCAGGUUUCGGGUGGACCUUGGUCGCGUGGUGGCUUUAAGCUGAAAAAGAAAGCUGCUGAGGAAGAACCUACGCCUGCCGCUGCCGCUGCCGCGCCUGCAGCAGAGUCCAACGCAGGUGAAGCCGACCUGUUGGGUACUGGCAGCGAUGCUGGCUUCGGUGCUACCACCACCUCCGAAGAAGCCGCGGCUGCUCCCGCGCCGCGAGAACCAGAACCAGAACCAGAGCCGUACGUGCCGCCGGUCCGCAGUGAGAAGGCCAAACUUGCCGAUGAGCUCUUUGCCGUGGGUCAAGAGUCUGCUGGUGGAGCUGGUCGGGCGUCCAAGCGUCAAUCACGAGCCCGCAAAGGACGUGCUUACAAGAAUAAAACCGGCGGAGAUGAUCAAGGACCGGAUCUGCUGGGUGACAGCAGCGUCGCUCCCCCAUCCUCCAGCGCCGACCUUUUGUCCCUGGAUUUGGGCAUGGGCUCGGGCACGGCUGCUUCUGCUUCAUCUUAUACAGCUCCUGCUAAUACGGGUGGAAGUCUCCUGGAUGAUUUUGCUGGCCUGGGUCUGAGCUCUAGCACGGAUCAGGCAGUACCUCCCCCACCCUCAUACGACUAUGCGGCAAGCCUUUUGGCGGGUGGUAACACCAGUGGCACAAACAACACCAACGGCCUCGGUGUCGGUGGUGGCACGGAUUUUGACCUGUUGUCACCUCCACAGUCUGCCGCUUCGGCGGCCACCUCAGGGGGCAUCGACUCGCUGCUUGACUUUGGAGGUCCUUCGACCGGUGGUGGUGAUUUGCUCAUGCCCACGCAGUCGUCCACGACCACAGCGAGCGAUGGUUUGGGCAACACGGCUGCAGCCAGCAGCACCAGCCCGUUCGCUGGCUUGGGCAUUGGAGACACGGUCUCAACUGGAACAGGUGGCACUGGUGCGGACAUGUCCGUCCCGGCGGAGCUGCAAGGUUUUGCCCACGAAGACCAUCCGACACGUUUGAACGGCGAUGCAACCGUGGCGGUGUUGGCACGCAAGGUUUGGCGUCCGGACGCGUUGGACGUGGUCCUCUACGUGCAAAACCGCACGGGCACCGCGCUGACUAGCGUGAUGACGCGCGUGGAUCCAUCGGGUGGCUUGCAGCGAUGUGAUAGCAAUGCACAUGAGAACCGGUUUUCUAACCGUAUUGGAGGCAACGAUGUGCAGCGCUACAUCCUGAGCUUUAGCACGCCAACCGUGAAGAGUGGCAUGGCGCUCAAGGGUCAAUGCAGCUAUACGGAAGGCGGCAAGACGCACAACGUUCACUUUACUCUUGGCAUCAAGGCCAACGAUGUGCUGCGUCCGUUGACCAUCAGCACGGAUCGUUUUGGUCAGCUGUGGCAAGCCACCUCUUCGCAGCGCGCGCUCAAGCUGCAGUCGCGACAGGUGUCUUCCGUCGCGGCCCUGCAGCAGGUGUGCGAAGCUUCCCAUUUUCACUGCGUCCAGGUGAUCGGCACUGAAGUCAUCUUUGCGGCCCAGGUACUCAACCACGAACAGCAGCCAUGCCUAUUGCACACCAAGCUCAACGCACCAGUUAUCGAGGUGCAGGUGCACGCGCACGCUACGCCAUACGCCGAAAGCGUGCUCAAGCUGUUGGAAGACAAUUUGUCGUAAACCUUGACAACCCGCCAAGUGCCACUGCAUGGUUAUAAAGAAUUUUCUCUUGCAAAGUGCUGCUCUUGAAACCAUUCAAUUGGCUGAACGAUGCCUUCUGAAUGUUUUGAGAGCAAAAGCCUCGCAUUGUCUCCUCUUCUCUUCCGUUCGCAGGACAUACCCCCAAUUGAGUAGUGGCGG